AUGCCCCUUAAAACCCCCCUGUGGUCCGUCGUCCGCAGCUACUCCAGUGGCCCGGUCAGGUCGCGGCUGGGGAAGAAGGCCUUGAGCCUUGAUCAUUUCCUCCAGAGGUCCCGCGUCCUAUCCCUCUACCGCGAAAUCAUCCGCGGCACACGGCGCAUCGCGGACCCCAACACCCGCGCCGAGUCCCGGCGUUACGCGCGGGAUGAGUUUGAGCGCCACCGAGAUGUGACGGAUCUCGGACACAUCCGCUAUCUCACCUCGACGGGCAAGACGGAGUGGCAGAGCAUGGAGCGGUACGUUGACGGAAUGUAA